AUGGCGACGUAUUCGCAAUCCGCAUGGAAAAUUAUUCCACAGUUUUGCAGCACCUCCAUUCCCCAGACUAUCGAAUUCUACACGAAAUCACUCUACUUUACACUCGGAGGAACGCACCCCGAUGAUGAUGUAAAUAGUAUCCCGACAUUUUGCUCAGUAUUUAUUGGCAAAAAGGCAGAUGCCAAUAUUUACUUUUUUAAAACAAAGUUACCAUCUUCAGGACCUGACGAGGCAAAGGCGGAUGGAAGUGUUGGUGAAGACGACCAAGAAAUAUUCCAUCGCUCUUCGACAAUGAUUGCACUGGGAAGCAUAGAGCUAGACGAGUACUACAAUAUCCUUCUCGACGAAGGGAAGGUUAAGAUUACGAAGCCUAUCGAGGACCAGCCAUGGGGUUAUCGACAGUUUACUUUGGAGGAUCCUGACGGCAACGAGAUCACCUUUUUCAAAUUCUUAGAAGGGGGAAAUCCAGGCACAGAAUAA